AAUGGCCAAACAACCCAAAUCAAUGGGUUUCUUCGACAAUUUACCUGAUAAUGUUCUUUGUCACAUUCUGUCGUUCCUUCCCACUAAAGAUACAGCUCGAACCUCCGUUCUUUCUCCGAGGUGGAGGUAUCUUUUUGUCUCAUCAAUAUCUGAGCUUGAUUUCAAACCUUGCAUAACGACUUUGCAGCGUGGUGUUAAGAAAAUAGUUAUAUUCUCGGUCAAGAAAAAGAACCCACCUUUACCUACUACUCUUCUAUUUUCUUGCCAGUCACUCGUCACACUGAAAGUGAAAAUCAGAGGUGUUAAUGGUGUUCCAUCUAAUGCUUAUUUCGGAAUGCCGCAUGCCAAUUGUCGUAGAGGUUUCAAUGUCAUCAAGAUUGAUGCUCCGAAUCUUGUUUAUUUCAAAUAUGCUAACGGAAUGGCUGAAGAAUGUACUUUAAGUGAAAUGAAAUCUCUAGAAAGAGCUGAUAUUCAAAUCACUGAAAUGGAUAACGAUGAUCGUGAAUGUGUAGCAAAUCUUCUUCGGGGUGUUUGCAAUGUACAGUCUCUUUAUUUAGGCAUUGAAGAUAGCCCUAGAAAGGCAAGGAAGUCGGGAGGUUUCGAGUCAUUGCCUGCAAUAGUGCCUUCAUGUUUGUUAUUUCGCAUCAAGGAGAUUGAAAUCAAGUACUUCGAUGGAAAGGAGAAUAUGUUUGGAAUGGUAAGUUAUUUCUUGAAACAUGCAUCAGUUAUGGAAAAGCUCAUAAUUAGAAGAAUUGAUGUGUGUGAGGAACAACCAUCGACUAUCAUAGAAAAACUAUUGAGUUUACCGAAGGAAUCGAAGAAAUGUGAAAUUAUGACUCCAUAA